ACAUAUAAAAAGAACAUGAAUAAAACAACAAACUCCAUUACAAUAUGCUCCCAAGGUAAGUUAGCUAGUUGCACCACCAAACACACAGAGAGAUUGAGAGGUAGCAGAAGCGGUGUCCUGCUUUGCUUAGCUCCAUUGUUUUCUUGGCAAGAAGAAGAAGAGGAGGAAGAAGAAGAGGGCAUGGAGGGCUUGCUGCCGUUCUUGUACAGGGCGAUCAUCCACUACGCCAACGGCGGGCAGACGCCCAUCGGCAACCCCUUCAUCAACGAGUCGCCGUCGGCGUCGCCGCGAGCACCCUACUACGUCCGCCUCGCCGGCGGCGCCGACUCCGGCCGCCUCCGGUUCUCCAAGGUGCCCGUCUUCCCUUCUCCGGCGAGCCGCGACGCGCAGCUGUUCUGAGCCCUGUGAUCGGUCGCCGAGCUUUUCUUCCCCUGCCUGCUGCUGCUGAUGAUCGUCUUAUCUCAUGGAGGAUUAUUACAGUAAAAAUUCUCGCUUUUUUUCUUUCUUUUCUGUUCUUCUUUUUUCUUCUUUUUCUUGAUGCAAUUGUCAAUCAAUAAAGGCGAAUUGACAGGGCUUGCAAACGGGGCCCUGUCUCUAUCUGCCGUUGUAUAGGAGCUCGAUCUUGUUCCUGCCAAAUUGCAGGCUCUCAAAUCAAAAUCAGAAACAGUAAGCAUGACAAUACUAUAUACUAUUAUCAUGUAACAUGCAAAAUUGCAAAAUACUGUUACUGCUGGCAUGUAAAUUAAGCACAUGCUUCCAAUGUGUAGCAAAGGCUUCUGUGUAAAUGUUCCUGUUGCUGCUCCAUGAUGAUCUUCCUCCAUUAGUUUGUGCUUGUAUCAUGCUCUCAAUCUCUUGCAGCUUUCUUCCUUCACUGCAGAAUGGAUAGUAAUCGCUGUUGUUU